AAUCUUCCUCUAGGGUUUAAGCUUGCAAUUUCUUCAUUGAAAAAACCUGAAGAAACAACAACAAUGUCAGUUUACUUUCCUGAGGAAGUGAUCCUCCAAAUCUUCCACAAACUCCCUGUCAAAAAAUUAGGUCAAUGCGCAACUGUAUGCAAAUCUUGGAGAUCACUCAUCAAAAACCCAUCCUUCAUCAUCGCCCACUCAAACAAUCAAACCCACGAACCGCUUCUCCUUCUCAGAUUCGUCUCCAAUGGCAAAGAACACUACUCUAUCCAUUUCGACAAUCAAUCUUUACAAACCCACAUGAGGUUUAACUCUCCUGUCCUGGAAUGUGAAAACAUUAAUCUUUAUUUCCGAGUCAUUGGUUCUUGUAAGGGUAUGAUCUGUUUGGCUGAUGACUUAGCUAUCUUUACUUACACUUACGUUUUAUGGAACCCUUUGAUUCGUAAGUUUAAAAGACUUCCUGUGCCGAAUUUUACUUUUGAAACUCAUGGGGAUUUUGAUGCUUUUAUUGGGUUUGGUUUUGAUUCUGUUGGUAGUGAUUUUAAGCUGUUGAGAUUUGUUAUGCUUCGUGCACUCGAAGGUAGUGAGAAACCGCAGCCUCGGGUGGAGGUUUUUUCGCUUAAUACCGGGGUUUGGAAAGAUAUUACUGGAAUUGCUCCAAAAUAUGAGAUUGUUGGGAAGGGUACUCAGGCUUUUGUGAAUGGGUUUAUUCAUUUUAUGGGAUAUAGAGGUCAUAGGAAUGUGAUCUUGAGGUUUCAUGUGGAAGAUGAGGUUUUUCAGCGGAUUAAGUUGCCUGAUAGUUUAGUUUAUGGAUUGGGAACUCAAAUGUGUGUUUCACGUUAUAAAGAGUCUUCUAUUGCUGUUUUCUAUAAGACUAUUUUUGGACCUAUUGAAUGGCAAGUUUGGGUUAUGAAGGAGUACGGUGUUGUUGAAUCUUGGACUAAAAUCUUGAGUUUUGGUGAGAGUAUGGGAUUGCCUACUCCGUUGGGGUUUCGGAAGAAUGGAGAUUUGAUGAUUGAAUGUUGUGAUGGAGAUAUAAUCUCGCUUGAACCUGAAAGCCGAAAGAUUAAGCGGCUCGGAAUUCGUGGGAAAAAACCAGGAUAUUACUCUUUUGUGGACAGCUAUGAGGAGAGUUUGGUGUUAUUUGACAGAGGAAAGAAGUAAAAAAGCUUUUGAAUUUAUCUCGACUUCUUUGCAAGGUCCAGUCGGUUCGUAUGGUUGGUUGAGCCGAGGAAGGGAUUAUCUCGGUUCUUCUGUAGCUGCUGCAAGUUCAGUAUAUAUGAAUACAUUUAGUAGCAUAGGCUUAUGCUAUUAUGAUUUUCCAGUCAGGCUCGGUGACCUUAAACUUUUGUAAAAUCAGAGAACUUCUAUCUUUAGAUUAGCAGUACAUUUCCUAC